AUGUCUAAUCAACUUACUAUUACAAAAAGAAUGUGUACUGCAAUUAGUGAUAGUUUGAAAUAUGAAAUUUGUAAAUAUCAUUUAAAGUAUUCUACUCAUACACAAUCACAAAUUGCUUUAUAUUUUAAUACUCAAGAUUCAAAAAAAAAACUUGAUCAUUCUACUAUUUCUAAAAUAUUAAAAGACAAAGAUCAAUGGUUAGCUAAAACAGAAGCAGAAAUUUCUGAUACAGUUUUUAAACAUAAAAAAACAAAAUUUCCACAAUUAGACCAUGCUAUACAAUUAUGGGUUAAAAGCAUUAUUUAUGAAAGAUUGUUUUUAACUGAGGCAAUAAUCAAAGAAAAAGCUAUCUAUUUUGCUCAUGCUCUUUCAUUACUUGAAAAUGUAUUGAAAUUUUCUAAUAGUUGGAUUAACAAAUUUAAAAAACGAAAUCACUUGCAAAAUUUUCGAUUACAUAGUGAAGCGGAGAGUGCACCAAUUGAAUCACUUCCAGAAUUUCGACAAGAAUUAUGGGAAAUUAUUCAAGAGUAUACGUUAGAUAAUGUAUACAAUGCAAAUGAAACCAGCUUAUUUUAUCGCUUGGCACCAUAUCAAACAUUAGCCUCGAAACCAUGUUCUGGCUGGAAAAAAGUGUCCAAUAUACCAAGUAAUACACAAGAUACGUCUGAUGAUGAAGAAUCUACCAAUCA